AUUGUCACCGUGAUGCCUGAAACAUGGCGGAUCUUGGCGAGAAUGUGAACAAGUCUUCGCAUUUUCACAUUAAGUAACGACUGUAAUAUGCCAAGAAAACAUUUAAGACUACUUGUAUAUAGCAGUGAAAACUUGUAGAUAAUGUCUGUUCAUCAACAACAGAAGUCAGUGGUAAACUCAACCGCGGUUUUUCCGAACGAAAGGUCGCCAUCGAUUUCGGAUUCUUCAGACGAGGAAGAUGAUGAUUUGGACGACGAAAGCGCCGAACAUUCAGCGGUAAUGGCGAUUUCAUACCAUUUGAUAAUUUUUGUGUGUUAUUAUGUUUUUAUAUUAUUCGGUUAAAGAGUUCUUAAGGACAUUUUCCCUUUCUGAAAGAGAGGAAAAAUGUUCUUGGUAUGUUAAUUAUUCUAACUCCAUGAUUAAUAUUAAAGCUAUAAAAGCUAACCCUUCGACUUAUGAUGGAAAAUAUUUGUUUUGAAGAAAACAGAGUCGCCGGUGAGAGAAAUUUCUAGUGUAAAAUAGUUCAUUUUUUGGGAGAAAUGGUGGUAUGAUCUGUAGCAAUAUUGUCCUUUGUUAUAUUUGUGCGAUAAAGGCGAACGGUUAGCUCGAAAACAGUGUCAUGUUCUUUGCCGUAAUAUUUGAGAAGAAGUUUGUUCAGUCUAUUUACCCCGUUGUGAUGGUACUCUUUACCUUUUGAUGAAGGGUUUAAGGAAUUUUUUUCGAUAAAAUUGCAAGGAAAUAACACGACAAGUCUCUUUGUAAGUUGAAUUUUGUCUGCGUGUACAUUUCUCUUCAAGAGAAAUUGAUUGAGUGCGAUGUCCUUCUGCUGGCAGUCUCUUAUUCCAAAUUAAGACUUCAAUAAUGUGAAAUCUUAUAGUGUAUGUCUGAGUAAUAAUUCAUUCUCAGGAACGUUAAGUCGUUCGGGGCGCUUAGUAGAAGAAGAAUGUAGAUUUUUACCACUAAUAUAAUAUUUUGUGAUCGCUACCUUUCGCUACGCGAAUCAUUACCGAAGUCUCAACACGUGCCGGAGGAGUGGUUUAAAACUUGUAGAUUCGUAGAAUUUUUAUCGUCAUUCGUUAGAAACUAUAGGCUUUUCCUUUAUUUAUUGAAUUACUUUUUUUCAUUAGUUUUCUCUUAAUUCUUAGGUAACCUCAAUUUGCGGAAAAUGAAAAUUGUUUAUUUCCUAUUUGCGUCGAAGAAUUUUAUGACCCACUGUGCGUGUUUUAGUGCCACAGUAAAUAUCGUGUCCUUACUUCUCAUGUCUUGUCGAACGAUGGCGGAAAAUAUACCAGUUGAGGAAAUUAUUUGAUCAAUGUAAAGUGAUGUUCAGUUGUGCUUUGAGUUCCGAAAUAUGUCACUAAAUGGUAUGUCCUUCACAACUAUUAAGAAGUUGCUAUUGUAUUUUGCCUCAAGGAACAACAUGAAUUACAUAACCACGUUGAUUCGGGACUGGUGCUUUUUUCUAAUGUUUUCAAGUAUAUCCCUAUUUUCACAAAUUAUUUUUACUUCUUUUAUGUGGAUAAAUUUGUCUUAAUUGAAAUUGUCUUUCUUACUCACAUGAAAUGUUUGUGUAGGAAUACUUGCUUAUGCAGUGAUGUGGAACAUAAUACAGAACUUUUCUCUGAUUUAUCUGUCACCUUCAGUUUAAACUAUUGUUUCAGAUGUCUAACAAGCAUAAAUAUUAUGUAGAGCAAUCUAGGGUUUUUUUUUUGUUUUGUUUAUCUUCAGAACCCUUAAAUUGUGAUAUUCUGAGUACUGUGUGAAGACCCCAGUUCCAAUUUAGGUGUAACAAUUCCUGAUGACAUAUUUUUAUUUAAAUUUCAAUGAUGGCACCACAUUUCAAGAAGUUUGUAUACUUCAAGUUUGCUACAAAAUGAUACAUUUUCAGUCAUUGAUAUACACUUUGCAAACUGACUCUGUACUUUAUUACACAAUGCCCUUCAUCUAGAAAUCACGAAAGGAACAUUGCCAUCUCUUUUAACAUUUCUAUGAUGUUCAUCGUUAUUUUCAGUAUGGCCAUUUCCUUUGUGGGAUGAUAACAUCUGUGCAGUUCAGGGUUCUGUUAAAUAGACUGUAGUGAAAACCUAUUCAUGUUGUAAGGUCAUAAUCCUUGUGAAAGGAUUAAUGGUGCAGUUGUAUAGUGUUUGCAUGGAAAUGCUGAUCUUUGGCCCGCGUACAAAUUCAGUAGUGGUUAUAUGGUGCCAAGGUCAGAUUUAACAUUCAUGGCAUGUUCCAGAAUCCUGUAAUGGCUAGACAAGUCAAGUAAACCUCUGAGAUCAUUUGGGUCAUUGGGAAUGUUCUUAGAUUAAGUAUUUAAUGGCUCCUUUAACUCAUUAUCUAGGGGAUCACUUCUCUUGACCAUGUUAGGAUUUUCUUUUUGGUAAUAAAAGGAGAAACAAGUAUUAAUGGACUCCUUUGAUUCACCAUGAUGGAAGUGGUCUUUGAUCCCGCAAGUAGACAAAGUGAGGGUUUUAUUUUAAGUUUAACGGAGAUACAAUUUUCCUUUAAAGCAAAUUUUGAUAGUUAUCAGUUUUAUUUUUCAUAUUCUUGACUGCAUCUUGAGUUGAUAAUUGAUGGAGAUAGUGAAUAUCCUUCAUGUGUCUGUUGCCUCUACUUUACAGGAUUCUGUAUUGUAUAAAUGAACCCUGACAAAGCAUAACUACAUUCUGUUGUUUGUAGAUGGAGUACAUUCUUAGAGCCAAAAGGAGUGAACUCACUUCAAAGCUCAUGCUUUCUGGUUCUGAUGGUCUGAGUAAUGACUUAAGGAAGAUGGACCCAGAGACUCAGGCACGUCUAGAGACGCUUUUGGAAGCUGCAGGUGUGUUUCCUUUGAAUUGCCUUAUUUUAUUUGUUUGAGAAAGGAGAAUGAAAGGAUGAUGCAAUCAGAGGAAUUUCAUUACUUAAUUUUUCUCAGACAUGUGAAUCAAAGGAUGAUGCAAUUUAAGAUGUUUGACUUGUACUUCUAUUAUCCCUUUGUUUUUUUCAUGUUACAAUGUCAUUUAAACAAUAAAAGUCAAGGCAAAUUUUUCUUUUUUAAAUGGUAUUAUGUUGGCAGUCCCAAUUACAAAUUUCUACUAUUUACAUUUUUAUUUAAAACGUUUUACAGUGCAUACAUGUUGUCAGUCCAUAAGGCAGGCUUAUGGCUAAAGAAGUAGGCUGCUGGUUGAAAUUUUUAAGUGGAGCAGUUCAAAGAUGGUGCUUCAAAGUGUGGUUUAUUUGUUUAUUUUUUUCUCAAUAUUUGAGCUAUUAAUGCUGAAGAGUGGGUUUAUUGCUGUCUAUUAGGACAUAAAGGAGCAACAUGGUGUAGAUGACAUAUGAUAAUUAUAUAACAGUAGAUAGGUAUUGUGGUUAAUUUGUGAGUACAUAACCUCCUUUUUUAAAAAAUGGUGGACGCAAGAAACAAAAGAGUCAUGAUAAACAAGUGCUCUCUAUAGAAACUCACAACUGAACAAAUGAUCAAUCUGUCUCAGACAAUAUUCCAACUGUAGGUCUCCUUUACUUAUAAAUAAGGCAGUAUUGUAAAAGCUUCUAUAGCUUGGGUCGUGGUAAAGAAAUCACUUCACCUUUUAUCUCCAAGGUGUUGGUAAAUUGGCAGAUGGAAAAGCAUUUACUGAUCCUGAAGUACUUCGUCGAUUAACUUCAUCUGUUAGCUGCGCACUUGAUGAGGCUGCAGCUGCUUUGACCCGAAUGAGAAGCCAAAAUAAUGGGUUGCCAUCAUCGGCUGGACAAACAACUGCUGAUUCAGGUUUGUCACCUCAUAAGUGAUUCAAAGGUGCAUGUAAAUAUUGGUCAAUAAUCUCUUUAACUAAGCUGAGUUUAAUGGGGACUUCAGGUCAAAAUCGUUUGUUGUAAACGUGGCUGACUACUAUUUUCCUCUGUACGCAUGCUUCCUAAAAUGAUACUUAAAUAUAUGCAAAUUAAAGUAGUUUAAAAUCACUUUAACCAGGGUUCACUUUAAGAACUUGAUAUACCACUCUUUAAAAAAGCAUUGGUUCUGACAAUAGGAACAGGUACAGAAACAAUAAUUACUUCACAGCCAAGAGCUCCUUUGUGAGCUUUGCCAUUACUUUAUUUAUAUGUAUCUGUGACAAGCAUCUUUUAUACUGUUAAGUUCAGCAAUGAAAAAAGUGUUGUGUUGGAAAAUACUUACCCAAAGAUGGUCAAGAGAUAUGAAAAAAUGGUAGCAUCUUAUAUGUAUGGAAAAAAAAUUAAAAUCUGAAUUCAUCUCUAGGAUUUGAACUGGAGACUGUACAAUUUCGCAAAGAUUCCCACAUUCUUUUGAUAAACUGUCUGUUGCAGUUUUAGGGUGGAGCUGAUAUUAUCUAACUUUCUGGUGUGUUUAAACAGGAGCUCGGAGUCUUGCAGAAGCUUGCCUUGAAGGGGAUGUCAGUGCUGUGCGCAAACUGCUGGAAGAAGGAUGGAGUGUACAUGAACCAACUGAUGAAGGAGAGAGUCUACUCUCUUUAGCUUGCUCAGCAGGUACUUUCAUUGAUUAGUUCCCUGACAUUGUAAGGUUGUCAACAAAAAUGGGAAGCUGGCUAAAGUCUCCAUCCACCCACCCAUUGUUUUCAUGACCCCCCUUGGGAUAUUCCUCUUGUCUGUAAAAGAGCAAGAAGGGCUGAACAGCUACCUUUCAUCUCUCUGUUUCAUGAAGUUAACUUACUUUUGAAAAAUUCUGUGGUAUCCUAAUCUUUUUUUCCCAAAAGGUUAUUAUGAACUUGCCCAAGUACUGCUUGCAAUGAAUGCAAGUGUCGAUGAUCGUGGGAGCAAAGGAGAUUGUACCCCUUUGAUGGAAGCUUCUAGUGGUGGUUAUAUAGACAUUGUAAGACUGUUACUUGAGCACACUGCUGAUGUUAAUUCACAAUCACAAGCUGGUAAUACUGCACUCAUCUAUGCCUGCUGUGGUGGCUAUGAAGAUGUGGUAGAAGUGUUACUAAAUCAUGGUGCUGAUAUUGAAGCCCACAAUGAGAAUGGUCACACCCCCCUGAUGGAAGCAGCAAGUGGUGGACAUGUCAGUGUUGCAAAGAUGUUAUUGGAGAGAGGUGCCUGUAUUAACUCGCAUUCAAAUGAGUUCAAGGAGAGUGCAUUGACACUGGCAUGCUAUAAAGGUAAGGGAAUGGAUGAACUUGAGCAACACUUUUUAAAAUAAUAAUUUUGCUGGUAGGGUUUGCCUAUGUCUCAUUUUGAUUCUUUUUCAAGCAUUAUUUGUCUGCUUUCUUGAUGUACUUUUAGAUGUGCCCCAAGGGCAACAAAUUCUCUCCUGACUCUAACAUUAACUAUUUUUGCUCUGACCUAUCUCACUUUCACAUACUUGUAGAUGAUCACACUGUAUGACUGGUGGGGUAUUUUAGUAAAUGUAGUACAUUUGAUAGCAAGAUGUGAAGCUUUGAUUCCUAUGAUUGUGACAGGAUAUUUUUGAAAGUUAUUUUUGAGUAAUUCACCUUCCCUUAUACACUGUCUGAAUUGAGCUGUGCAUGUAGAUAGACCUGUGAUGAAGGUCAAGUCUGUAGUAGACCCAUGUGGUCCAUCCAGCCAGAGCUGAUCCUGGUCUUAAUAGCAUGAAGCAACUAGGACUAUUAGUACUCCCCCAUGGAGGGAGUGCUAGUCCAGUGCAAGAUUACCCUAUAUCAUUUUAUUAGGCUUCUCUAACAAUUUGCCAGUACCCAUUUAUACUUGUGGGUGAAGAGAGGCACUGCGACAGUAAAGUGUUUUUUCUUAAUAACACAACACAAUGACCCAGCCUGGUCUUGACCCCAAGUCCAGAGCAAUAACCACCAUUAGACUACUGCAUCUCCAAUUGAUAAAGGCCAAAACAAAUUUUCAGGAGAUUCAAAGAGUUUGAUUGAUUGUUUUAUAUGUGCAUCAAGUGACAAAGUCUUUCAUUACUAAUUGUAAGCAUUUUCUCCACUCAAGGUCACCUUGAAAUGGUCAAGUUUUUGCUUGAUGCUGGAGCUGAUCAAGAGCACAAGACAGAUGAAAUGCACACUGCGCUGAUGGAAGCUUCCAUGGAUGGGCAUGUGGAAGUGGCCAGACUUCUCCUAGAUCAUGGAGCACAGGUAGGAACAAAGAAACUUGGCUUAUUUGCUUGGAAAGUGAAUGAAGUUGUGGCAAAUUAUAGUAAAUUCCCUUAUGGUUAUUUUGUAGGUUAACAUGCCAGCUGAUAGUUUUGAGUCACCUUUGACAUUGGCAGCUUGUGGUGGACAUGUGGAACUGGCUGACUUGCUUAUUAAGAGAGGAGCAUUCCUAGAAGAAGUCAAUGAUGAAGGGUAUGCAAAGAGAAAGUAUAGUUGUUUUGGUCAUAGAAAAUUCUAACAAUCUUCUGACUUGUACUUGUAAAGAAAUUUGUUCACAAGAUAAAUUUGAAGGGGAUGAUUAAGAGAGCUUGCUUUUAAUAGCAUCAAUUGAAAUUGUGGUGAUCAGUACCAAGGGUAAGUGGCCACUUGCAGAACCUUGUGGUUUGCUUGAUACAUCUAAAAAACAAGCAUGAGCCCCAAUAUAGAUGCAUCUAAAAUACAAACAUGCCCCAAUAUAUUGCACAAUCAUCUGCACUGUAGAAUAGUAGAAUGGUAUGAUAAUUGAAAUAUAGAAAAGUGACAUACUUACAGUUAUGACCAUAUAAAACAUUCUAGAAGAGAGCAUUUUGCCCCUCCAAGGUAUAUUUGCAUUUACCUUAUCUUUCAAGUACAUGUAGUACAGUACAGGUUACAUAUAAAUGCUGUUUGUGUGUCAGGUAUACCCCUCUUAUGGAAGCUUCACGGGAAGGACAUCUCGAUAUGGUUGCACUGCUACUCGAGCAUGGUAAUUAUUAAUUUGACAAUCAUUUCAGGUAUUAAACUUGGGGCUUUGCCUUGUAAGGUUAAUUCUUGUAACACUGAAACUUCUCUUUGCUCUAGGAGCUGAUAUUCAUGCACAAACAGAGGAAACUCAAGAGACAGCUUUGAGUUUGGCUUGUUGUGGUGGUUUUCAAGAUGUAGCUGCAUUUCUUCUUCAAGCAGGUACAGUUGUUAGUUUGCUUUCUAUCAAUACUUAACCAGGAGUGACUUAAAAUGGAAAAGUCAAAGACAGGAUCUUUGCAAUAUUUUGACUUUUGUGUCUUCUUGACAGGUGCUACUAUUGAACAGGGCUCGUCAACUCCCCUCAUGGAAGCUGCUCAGGAAGGACAUGUUGAUCUGGUUAAAUUCUUGCUAGAACAAGGUACAUGGAUCAUGUGAUCUAAAUUCAGCUUACUUUUUCAGAGUGGGAAUGUGUGCUCUUAUUUUACAUGUGAUGUUUAUCAAGAAAACUAAGGGUGGCAUCAACACACUUAGCUAAAUAAUGUUCAAAGAAUCUGCAUCCACUUGUCUUGCAUGUGAAAGAUUAGCCAAGAUAAGUUUUGUAGGUUCCCUUACUGGGAAAUGAAAAAGGAGUAAAACAAAAUAAUAAGCAAAUAAGUGCAGAGGCUUCCACUGUAAUAUCAACAAACUGCCUGAAAGACCAAAAGAAACUUGUGUGUUUGUAGUUGGUUAGUCACAUUUUAGAGUUCUUUUUUAUGGUUGGCCUGGGUUUUCUUUUUUUUCUCCUAAAUUUGAUAAAUUGGUAAAAUUUGCAUCGUAAUUUUAAAGGAAAAAAAUUAUACAACUUGAGUUUUAAUUUAUAGGGGCUAAUGUUAAUGCAACAACUGCAACUGGUGAUACCCCACUGUCAUUUUCAUGUGAGAAUGGCCACACUGAUGUCGCUGAUGUUCUACUAUCUGCUGGAGCUGAACUGGUAAGGUUUCUGUAGUUCACAACUUGAAUCUUGCCUGGUAAUGCUGGGGCUGGAAGGUAUACUUGUAAUAGCAUUACCAACAUCUAAUUAAUGCUAUGGGUUUAAUUUGUGAAACUGAUCUGUCUUUCUAACAGGAGCAUGAGUCUGAAGCUGGCCGCACACCUCUCAUGAAAGCAGCAAGAGCUGGACAUCUUUGUACAGUGCAGUUUCUCAUCAGUAGAGGUUAGUUAUUGAUGACAUUCCCAACAAUACAAAUUAUGAUUUAUUGUGGUUCUUUGAGAAAGCUGUGUGGACAUAGGUAAGGUGGAUACAGUCAAUGAGGAUUUACCUGAGUUUGACAUUUCUUUGUAGGAGCUGAUGUCAACCGACAGACCACUGUGAAUGAUCACACUGUUCUUUCUCUUGCUUGUGCUGGUGGGCACUUGGCAGUGGUAGAGUUGCUUUUAGCACAUGGUGCUGACCCUUUGCAUAAGUUAAAGGUGAGAAGUACAAAUUACUAGAUUUACUUUAGGUCGGUAACAUUGAGUGUCUAUGAUUUCCUGUCUAAUAUCCCUUCUAGAGCAACUACUAGUUUGACAAAUUAGUAGGUAACAAUUUUGAUACAUGUGAACCAAAUUUGUGUAUAAAAAUGUGUCACACUUUUUUUUCACUGUACCAUAGGAUAAUUCCAACAUUUUGAUAGAGGCAGCCAAAGGAGGCCAUGCAGCAGUAAUAUGCUUCCUCUUGGAGAACCCCAUUGUUUCCAACCCUCCAGAACUACCACUUCAUUCAAUGCCUGCUACUCUUCCCACUCCAACUGUGCCACCACCCAGAGUGCCUCCUGUUCAUGCUACUCAACCUCCAGUAAUGGAACAUCCUGAUCUGCCUGAUAUGACCGCAGAGGUAUUGAUGGAAAACCAGCAGCUUUUAAACCAGCUGUCAAACACCCCUUUGUCACCCCAUUCACCUCUUCUGUUGAACACCCCUGCCAACUUUGUUGUGCCAGAAAUGCCAACUACGUCUUGCUCCACUUCUUCCACCAUGUCAUCUGUAAGCCAGUCAAUGUCUGACAUGUCAACGAACAUGACUUCAACUGCUGUGCAGACUGAUAACAAGGUUGUCAUUUGUGAGAAGCUGCAGCUUAUUCAGGGGAAGUUAGCCAAAGCCUUGAAGAGUGCCAACCUCUCACUGGAGAAUAUACCUCCUGAGCUUCUCCAGAGUGUCAAUGAUGAAGUAUCAGCAUUGAAUCUUGAGGGAGAGGAAAUUGCCUUGCCUCCAUCACCCUUCUCUGUGGGUACUGUUACUGGUGGGAUUACUGAUGAUCAAGAUGGCAUUGAAGGUUUAAUGGUUGCAGAACCUGCUCAGACUCUUCAUGAGACCAUCGGAGACAUGCUAUCUGAAGGUAUUUAUUUGGUUUUUACAUAUCACAUUGUGUUUCAAAUAUAUAGCAGUCUUAGUGCUUCAAAGUGAUAUCUGAAUGACCCUCCUCAAAUAUAUAAUUUUUUUAACCAAAGUUUUGGAACUGUUUUGGAAAUCCACAAAUUUUGUUGCACAUACUGAAAGUUUUUACUAUUUCAAUCUGUAGAGGUACUUACAUGUAUAUAUAUUUUGUUUUCUUUUUAGAUUCAAGCAAUAACAGUGGUCCACCUACUCCUCCAGACCUUAGUACAUCAUCAGUACCACUAACACCCACCCCAUCUCCUGCUUCGCCUCAGUUUCCUCCUAUGAUUGAUGUGGAUCAGCAAACAGACAGUAACUCAGACACUGCACUCACUUUGGCAGCUGCUGGAGGUCAUGAUGAAUUGGUGACUCUUCUCCUUGUUAAAGGCUCUGAUAUUGAGCACAGAGACAAGAAAGGUAGAGUGGUUGAUUCAUUUUUGAAUAGAAUGAUAUUUUAUUUUAUACCUUUGUUACAAGUUUUCAAAGGUCUUCGAACAUCAUCUCAAAGUCCUUUGAAAUAAAAAUUUUCAAAUAUGGUUGUAGGUUUUCUUGACCUAUCAUGCUAAGGAAUGUGGUAACAAAAUUUCAACGUAUUAUUUCACUUGUGAAAGUUUCAAAAACUGAUUUUAAAAUAAAUCUGAGGUGUAUUCCUUUGUAUUGAAGGGGUUUUAAGAUAUCUUGUGUACAAUGUACAACAGCUUCUCAGUUAACUAUACUUUUCUGGGAGAAAACCAUAUCUUGUUGUGCAUUUAUGUUCAUUACUUUUGUCCUCUAAUGUUUAGAUUUCUCACUGAGAUGUUACCACCUCAUUUUGCAUAAUUAUAGACCUCCAAUUAGCCUGAUUGUCAGGAAGGGAUUUGUUACAUACUGUACAUGUAUGUAUGACUUGGUCCUGGGCACUGUUGCUGGGAAUUUUGUAGAAUUUUCUUGCAAAUUUUUUACUUUUAUUUUUCUUUGUAUAGGUUGUACUCCUUUAAUUUUGGCUGCCACAGCUGGCCAUGCCUCAACUGUUGAGAUCUUGUUAGAUAAUGGAGCAGAUAUUGAAGCCCAGUCAGAUCGAACUAAAGACACUGCACUUUCUCUAGCAUGCUCUGGUGGCAGGCAAGAGGUUUGUGAUACAUGUACUUGUAUUUGGAACUGCUAUAAGUGAUUUCUUCUCUCAAAUAUGUAUGUGCAGCAUUUAAAGACAAUUUUUCCAGCAUGAUCAAGCAAAUUUUAUUAUGCUGGAGAUACUUCUUUUUUUAUUUCAUGAUCAUUUACAUGAAUUUUGGUGAGGUCAGAAAAAAGAUUUUUUUUGCAGGAAAAAUCUCAAUAAAUACUUAUCAGAUGGACAUCAAAUAGUUUGAAAGAUAAUGUACUUACUUAAACAUUUUAUAUACAUUUUGGUCUCUGUGUUAAUCAAAAGAGUGACAUUUUUUCAUCAGGUGGUGGAACUACUAAUUGCCAAAGGGGCCAACUUUGAACACCGUAAUGUCUCAGAUUACACUCCGCUCAGUCUAGCAGCAUCAGGAGGAUAUGUUGGUAUCAUUAAACUCUUACUGAGCCAUGGAGCUGAGAUCAAUUCUCGCACUGGAAGCAAAUUGGGUAUAUCCCCAUUAAUGUUAGCAUCAAUGAAUGGCCACACAGCAGCUGUUAAACUACUGUUAGACAUGGGAAGUGACAUCAAUGCUCAGAUUGAGACUAACAGGAACACUGCCCUAACACUGGCAUGCUUUCAAGGGCGACAUGAAGUUGUGAACCUUUUGGUGGAAAGGAAGGCAAACAUUGAACACCGUGCAAAGGUAACUGAGUAUUCUUGAUAUUCAUUUGUUGAAAGCCAGCAGAGAGCUGAAGCCUGCACAAUGGUGAUGCCUGAGUAAACACACGUGUGAUAUGAGCCACUAUGUAGUAUGAAAAUUUUUUGGACCUUUUCUUUUUUUAAAAAAAAAAUUGUGCCUGUUUCUUGAUCCAAAUGAUUAAGUCCUAACAAAAAGUAAAUCUUACAAAAAGAUGAUGCCAGAAUUACUAUCCUUAGUCCAGGCAAAGCCUCUGCCUUUGAACUACAAAAAUUUGUUCCACCAAGUCUCAAAAUUGCAGAGAAAAAUUCUCAAAAUAUUUACAACAUUGACAUACAAUACCUUAAAAAAUCAAAAGGAAAAUUUAACUUGUAUAUAAAAACUGGUCAGUCACAACUGACAAACACUGCUUUAAUCUUAUUGCAAAUACAUGUAGUAUUACUGUAGUGCUGUGGAUAACAGUUUUCAAAAGGAAUCCUCCCACCUUUGAAGAUCAGGCAACAAAAUGUUGCUCUCUUCAUCAGUGUGUUAUAUUCUUUCACUGGUUGAUUCUGGGUUUUUUAGAAGAAAACAGAAAUUUUGUAAACAAUCAGGCAUUUACAAUUAUUUCUUUGUGGUUAUUGUUUUACAGACUGGUCUGACUCCUCUUAUGGAGGCUGCUUCUGGUGGGUAUGUGGAGGUGGGUAGAAUCCUCCUUGAUAAAGGAUGUGAUGUCAAUGCCCCUCCUGUUCCUUCCUCUCGAGACACAGCACUGACCAUAGCUGCUGAUAAGGGACAUUACAAAUUUUGUGACUUGUUGCUGUCACGGGGUGCAAUGGUAGAUGUGAAGAACAAGAAAGGAAAUUCACCACUUUGGUUGGCAGCAAAUGGUAGGGACAUGUACAUGCAACUAAUGGUAGCUAUCACUCUUUUGAUCAAUGAGUGUUUGAUUGUUUGUAUUAUGAUCUCUUGUUAACACUGUGGUAGUGGAAGUAAUCAAGGAAUAUUCAUGUAGAUUGAUUCAUACCAUAAAAUAGUUCUAAACCUUGAUUGGUGUGCACAUAAAAUCUACUCUGUAACAUAGUAUAGGAGGGCACAAUGUCAAUUUUUAUCAGAAACAUUGUUAGUUACAAUGUGGUUAGAGACAGCAGACACACAAAUAUUGUGUAUUCUACAACCACUACCAAACAGAAAAAUUUUGUUUAGAGGCCUUAAACUGAAAAAAAAUACCUGAGAUGUUUAGCUUACUCUCUAGGUUACUUAAUUUGCUUUCCUUGGGAAUAAAAGGUAGCUCUUCCAUACAAUGUAUUUGAAUGGUAUUUUCACAUAUUGCUAGUGUUUACACAUGGUUAUCCCUAAUUUAUUACUCAUCCCUAAUUUAUUACUCAUGAAGGGCUCUUGUAUAUUUAGGUGGUCAUCUGGAAGUCUGUCAGCAGCUGUUUAGUUAUGGUGCUGAUGUUGAUAGUCAAGACAACAGGAAGGUAUCUGUCCUUAUGGCAGCAUUUAGAAAGGGCCACCUCAAAGUUAUUAAGUGGCUUGUUAAGCAUGUCCAUCAGUUCCCAUCAGACUCUGAAUGUACAAGAUUUGUUUCUACUCUUUCUGACAAGGUGAGACAAUUUUUUGCUCUUUGAAGAAUAUUUGUGUGAACAGUUGUGGUUGAAGAGAAUGUCGUCUUCAAUGAGUUUGUGUUACCAAACUGGAAUGGGAGUUAAGAGAUAGGUUAUUGUGCGGUAUUUCUGGUUUCAACAAUUGAUAUUUACAGUGCAAAAUGUAAGUGAGACUAAUAUUGCUUGAGAUUACUUGUGCUGGACUAGUGCCCUACCUGAGAGUCACUUAAUGCUACUUCUCUUCAAUAUUCAUGGACCAACAGGCUUAAUAAAUAUUACCUUAAAUUUGGUUUCCCACUUAUUGACAAGAACUCCAUUCUUUCCGUUUGUUUGAAAUUAGUGCUCUCUGUAUCAAUCAUGCUUCUUUGAACUAAAUUUAGGUGGCUGGAUUUUAGAACUUUGUGGGUAUUGUUUUUUAUUGGUACGAAAUGACCGACUAAUGUUUUUGUUCCAGGAGCUCUUGAAUAAAUGUCACAAGAACAUGGAGAUCAUAAUUAGUGCUAAAGAUCGCCAGGCUGCUGAAGCCAACAAGAAUGCAUCCAUACUCUUGGAGCAGAUAGAUUUGGAGAAAGAACGAGAAGAGUUGAAGAAGGCAGCUGCUGCCAGAAAGAGGGACAAAAAGAAACAGAAAAAGAAGAAGAAGCUGCAGGCAGAAAAGGAGGCUGAAACAAAUGUGAAAAACAUGGCUGAAAAAGAAAACAGUGAUGAUAGCAGUGAGCCUGAGAGGAAGAUUUCAGCUGAAAACGGUGGUUAGAGUUUUUCAAAUUUUAAGUACUGGUAGUUCAAAGUGAAUUCUGGAAGGACGCUUUCCUUGGUUAUUUAGUUUGUUUGUAAAGGGUCUGGAUGACAAUUUUUCUGACUGGAAAAAAAAAUUAAAGGGAAUUAUUAUCUGAAAUUUUGUUUCCCAGUUUAAGGGAAAUUCAGGAUCUUGUUAAAAGAUUCUAAAAAUGGUUAUGUUCACAAGGUAACCUGCACUCAGAGCACUACGACGGUGACAAAGGCUACAAUACACCGUACACAUAAUUAAACCUUUUUUGUGUUCUCUGCGGAUGGAAAGAAUAUAGAACAGAACUAAUUAUGGAUUGUUUUCUUGUUUGUAGUAAAUGCAGGUGUCCUGCCCCCUCCACUGACCACCUCUGCAGUGAUUGAUAGCAACAGUGUCAGUGGUGUCAGAACAAGAAAGUCAUCAACAGGUUCCUUAGACACGCUCACUAGUAUUGCAAUCACUGCUGCUGUCACCACCACUUCAACUGGGAAGUAAGUACACCGCUCUCUUUGUUGUGAUUAACAGUUGGACAUUUUGACUUCCAUUUUUUAUUCAGUAACAUGCAGCAGUGAACGGGGUCGUACAUUUGUCUUGCAAAUUAUUGGGGUGAGGCAGAGUGUUUGCUGGUCAAAAUUGAUUAAUUGAGUCUGUUCAGGUCAUAUUCGUGAUUAAUGAAUUGCAUUGGUUAAUGAAAUACAAUGGUUAUGAACCUAAUAUACAGAUAUUUUACCAACGUUUUUUUGUUCCUCACUUUCUUAAAUAUCAAUUCUCCAUUAAAAGAUUUGAUGUGACUUGUUCCACUGUUGUCAGGUCGAGCGAUGUAAUCAGUGUUAUGAAGACGGCGGAGAUCACCAAGGUAGUGGCAAGCACCAUCAUGACUCAGACCACCCCUCACAGUGCUUUGUCACCCAUCACUGUCGCCACUGCUGCAGCUCAAUGUCUCGCUGUUACUCUAACUACCACAACAGCUACUACCAAGAUGUCAACUUUACCGAGUCCAAAGAAGGGCAAAAAACACGAGGACGGCUGGAAGGAAGUUGUAAGAAGGUACGAAGAACAGUUACUGUCAAAACCUGAAAAAUAUGGACUGUGUAUCGUGGUGAAGUUAACACCUUUUGUGGGUUGACACUGGCUUUUUAUUUUUAGAUCUAAGAAAAUGUCUGUUUCAUCGUCUGUCAUAAGCCGUGUGAUUGGUCGUGGAGGGUGCAAUAUUAAUGCCAUCCGCGAAACAACCGGAGCCCACAUCGAUAUCGAUACCAAUCGACAGAAAACAACUGGCAGCUGUAUAGUUACUAUCAAGUAAGUUUUUCUUUCAGCAUUUUCGAAAGUGAUUGUGAGAGGAAAUAGAAUAUAGUGACCGGAAAACUAAGCUUGCUCAUGUAGCUGCCCAUGUUUUUUUUUUUUUAAUUCAAUUUUUGGGCGGCUUUGCGUGACCUGAGCCUUACAGGACUUCUUCUAUACUUACGUGGUUUCAUUUGAAUACGAGGUGGGUUGGAGGAAUUUGAAACAGUUUUGCUUUAAUUUCGAAAUUCUCCCAACCUUCCGAAUUUUAAGAUGAGGCUUUGUCAACAUGGGAAAUGCCUUAUACUACUGUCAUAAAAUAUUCUAAAAUAUACGCGUAAAUCUAAAAAGUCAAUAAGGUUUUUGCAUAUUCUCAUCUGAAAACGCUCAUUAACCAAUACGAGUAUGGGAACAGUCUUAUUUCUUUUUUGUCAAAUUGAUUUUUUUUAUGGACAGCUCAAUCACUUUGUCAAUUGUUCGAUAAAAGGGAACAUACUUUACUGUGAGGCCCAGAAAAAUCUCGGAUAGUAAAGUCCAACGGGAGUUCAACGGAAGCAACUAACACCGUUUUGUAAUUUCCAUUUCCCAGGGGACCAGCCGAUGCAACUCGACAAGCGCACCAGCUCAUCUCAGCGCUUGUCAAGGAUCCCGAGUGUGAUAUUAAUGACGUUCUUCCUCGAAAAAAGCACCUUCAUUCUCAAAUUAGCCGUUCAGCUGUCGCUACAACAACAACAAUCACCACAUCAGUCACAUCCACAGUCUCUCAUCACAGAACCCUGUCUGAACCUAAACCUACCAACACGUCUUCCAAAGGCCCCUCUACGACACAGAUUGCGCAAACGAAAUCCACCACCAAAACGACAACAUCUGCUGGUCGUCAAAGUUUGUCUAGCUCUUGGCCAUCUACCAAUAGUGCCCCUGUGUCGCACCCUGCGGUAACCACAUCCGUUAGCACCACCACAGCCAAGAGCACUGUGACUACUUCAACUCACAUGCCGAGCACAGCACGAUGGGCGAGCACCACGCAAACUGCCUCUAGUACCAGCAAGAAGACACCGCUGGCUGCUGCUCAAGUAGCCGCGACAAGCUCGCUUACUGGCGCCGCUCCUGUGGCCUCGGCACCAGUCAGGAAGCCAUCAGGUGGAAACUCAAAUACAAGUAGUUCAUCUAGUUCUGGUGUGGUGAAGCCACCGACUCCAGCUAAGCGACAAUUGUUUCCAGAAACUCCAACUGAGCCAAUACCAAGGAAGAAUUCGGCAAGCAAAACAUCCAGGGUUGUUAAGGGUUCUCCUUCGUAUUCCUCUGUUGCCAUGGGAGUGACUGGGGGAUCAGGGAGCGGUGCACUUGAUAUAACGCCUACGGUCACAACAUCUUCCUCUGUGAUAAGCUCGGUGACCACUUCUCCAGGGUCUUCAAACCUUCCACCUGUCAUCAGCAACAUCCUAUCGCAUGUUGGCCAGACGUUCAGUCCCAGCGUAUGGAAUGACAUCGCGCAUCCUAGUGCCAGACCAUCCGUUGGUCCCGUGUCAGAACUAGAUAUUUCCUCUUCUGUGUCUCCAGCUGAUCCCAUCACACAGCCCUUGUACAUCACGACCCCUGGAGCUCUGUUUACCCCACUGCCUCACGAAGCGACGUCGUCCUCCCCGCCUCAUACCUCUGGCUCGCCAGUGCCGACCACAACACCGUCAACAUCAACCUCACCGAAUUCCUCGCCCUUAGGGACAUCCCUUGCUUCAGGAAACUCCUCUUUAGGAGAGACUGGGGAGAAACCAUCACUGAGGCCAAUUGGAACAGAGAGGGCGUCAAGAAGAGUGUCCGCCAGUCCACUUCCAUCCGUGCCUGGGAUAUCGCCGUUAAUAGGAACAGGUACAUCAACAGUACGUUUGUCUUAGCCUAGGACUUUAAUGUGAUUAUAAUAACAAAAUAAACAUAAGAUGUUCUAUGAUCCGUUUCCAAAGGUGGCAAACUUUGUAUGAUUUUGGUCGCUCUGUAUGAGGAAAUCUUUUUGGUGUGUGAUGAAGUUAUUCAAUAUUUAACGUUCGAGCGGUUGCCUUCCUCUCUCUUCCUCUAGAGGGAACUCAAGUCGCUGGAGUUUGGAGUUAUUCAUAUACCCCAGAUUCCGCACUUUCAACGGGUUGGUCAGCUGCUCCGUCAGUCUCAACAGCGCCAGCGCCAUCCAUGAUCAGCGGCAAUACCUCCUUACCAGGCUCUGAUGAGGAACAAUUUGGUGUGAAUCCAGGGGAUACACUUCAAACAUUCUUGGAACGGCUUUCCCUCUCGAGCCAUCUCAGUCUUUUCCAGGUAAAAGCAAUUUAAUUGGUUUUGCUUGAUAAGCUUAAAAAAAGGCAUGUGGACCUGUUUCCAAUACUUUACCAGUUAUAAGCGUACUUUUUAUAAAUUAAUUUAGAGUUGACUUAUUUUCCCCGUAAAUGCGCAAAGUUACUAUUUACCAUUAUGGAGAGACUUCAUUUAAUGUCAUUUGUAAUUAUUGACAAUAAGCACCACCGCAUUGGUGCGGAAGGAAAUAUGAAAAUUUAAGCUGUCUGUGUUGUGCCAAAAACAUUCGAUACGAACAUGAACACGUCUAGGGAAAAUUGCAUGCAUUUCAUAGCCGGAGUUGGAGAUCAUCGUUCAUAAUCCUGUAUCAUUAUUAGCUUGCCUUGGGAUAUGGUGAACUUAGAGCAGCUUUUCGACACUUUGAGAAAAAUUAUUUUAGCAUGGUUUAGUUUUGAAAACAACAAUACUUGCUCUUUUAUUCUAGAAAAACGAAAUUGACCUGGAUGCUCUUCUGUUGAUGUCGGAAAAAGACUAUGCAGAUAUAGGCUUACCGAAGGUUAGAAAUCUAAGGUUUGACUUUAUGUGGCCUUUUGUUGAAAACCACAUCGCCUGGUUGAUAGAGCAUCAAACUUGAAACUGCGUCAUCGGACUAUCAACUGUAUUGCUUUCCCUGAAGCAGUUUUAAAUUUGGUUAUCGAACCGAUUUCAUUCAACGCAGAACUGGAAGAAUAGAAAAGAUUCUGUUUGAGAAUUCACAAAGUCACCGUGAGUAAAUUUUUUCCUUUUUUCCCAAUUUCCAGGGACCUCGAGUGAAGCUAUUGAACAGCACUCGGCAAAUUUACACCAGCGAAACCUCGGAGUUCAGUUCAGUUCCAGCUGGGGCCUCCCCCGGUUCAAGGCCAGUCGGUCGAAACGCUGGCUGGAAUCCUCCGGGGGGAAUCAUAGCGACCUCAUCGACAGCGACAACUGUGGCUCCUGGCGUUCCAUUUGGAGCGAAGAGGGCACCGGGUCGUAAAGUCGAUCCGAACAAAAGAGUAAGGAACAAUGUUCUCAGUUCUAAGUGCUACAUGAUUAUGUCUAUCAUUAUGGGUACAACAUUUCCCCAGUCGGUUUAUCCUCUCAGCGUGAUUAGUUCACAGAUUCACCUUAUGAUGUAGACUGAUGAUGUUCGCCUUUGCUCGGUUUUAACUUCCCUUCAGAGCGCCUUCAACUGACUGUAAUUAUGGCAAAACCAAAUAUUGUCAAUGGCUAAACAGAUCAUAGGAAAUUAUCAGAGGAAGCUAAUGAGCACUCCAAGUAAAAACAAAGGUUUCCAUAAGGGUGGAAAAACGGGAUUGAUUUAGUCACGACUAAUCAGUUUUACACCUGAUCAUUGAGUUACAUGUAGACGAAAGUUUUCAAGACCAGUUACUAGGGGAAUAAAGCCAAACCGUGGAAAUGCCUACUUAGCUUCGACUUUUGUUUGAAAUUGUGUCUUAUCCGUCAUUUUACAGCAGGGGUGGAAAUCAUGGAGCCGGACUGCAGUUUAAAUUUAAGUGGUAAGUUUGACUAAAUGUAUCCUUAGGUUUCGUUAUUGAAUUACAGGAUAUAACUUCGCACAUCAUAGCAACUAGCUAGUUAAUGAGAGGAGUAUAGCCUUCCUUUUACCUUAUGGUCCUCUAUCGUAUCCCUGUGUCAGUGCUAUUCUCUGCUCUAUAGUUCUCAUCUUAUGUUUCUGUAUAGAUUUUACUUUUCCUUAGUUUAAACAACUCAGCUAGUAGUACCUGUGUUGUCGAAGUUUAAUCUCUCCUUUAUGAUCCACGACGUGAUUCCUAAAAUCUCAGGGUAGAAAUAAACUAGUGCAAAAAAUAGAAUUCUGUAACUAAAAUAUGGAAGAACUUAAGAUCUCGAGGGAGUAAAGUUUGAGCACCAUAUAAUGAAAAAUGUUCACAAAGUUUGUUUCCCAUUCAGUCUUACGAUUCGCGGAUUAAAGAAGAGUCAGCUUGACUACGAAAAACCUUUAUUCAUGAAGUAUCCGUCUCUCGAUUAGGAUUAAAAUUGAUACAGAAUUGAUAACGUGAAAAUCGAAAAACAAACCGAAAACAAAUAGAGUGAAAUGGGUUUUAACAAAAUAUGAACGAAUUGUGAGACAGAUGAGUUAUGCAUAUCAGUUAAUAGAUUCUGUUUCAAGGGUAUCUAGAAACAGUUACCAGAUGGUAAAACAAAGGAAACCGUCCUGCAAAUAAAAAUUUUGAUCCUGGGACUCUGCUUCUUGCAAAUAAAAGGAACUGUCCGUUUAAACAUGUCUUAGAAUUAUUCUGACCAUGCUAUAUUUUUUCCCUCUUCUUUUCAGGGAUUACCAUAUAAACUUCGAUAUUGCUGAACUCUGGACAACAGAGGACUUGAAAACUAGACCAAACUUUAUUUUGGGU